UCAGAACUCAAACGGUCUUCCGGAACGGAUUACGUUUGAAAACCGAGGUACCACUGUAUCUCCCUUUGCAGUUCCUCAAAUGCCCAGUGGUUGUUUUUUUUCCCCCACCUACUCAGCUUUUACAUAUUCCAUUCUCUCCACCUGGAAUGGCCUCAUUCCUCCUCUUGCCUAAUAAAUCUUACUUGUCCUUCAGAGCUCGUCUUAGAUGUUACUACUUCCAGGAAGGCUUCCAACCCCCUCGGUUCGUUUCCCUUUACACACUCUGAUCACUCUGUAUCUCAAUAAACACAAGAAACUGUGAUUUAAUCAUUGAAUAUUCGUCAUUCAUGCUAAAAUGUAAGCUCUGUGAGGAUGGGAACCGUGUCUAUGUCAUUUUUUUGUGUGUUAUUUGUAGUGCCAAGUAUAGUUCCUUCCGUGUGGGUUCUCAAUAAAUAACCAAUGUAUGAUUAUGACAAAUACGUGCCAUAAUCAGGAGUUGAAUGCUUGUCUAUUACGAACCUUCGUUCUUUACCCUAUACCAUACAGGAAGUAUUUCUUAAGUGACAUUACUCAAGAGGUUCUUCCUCAAUCCUAAUUCAGUUGAAAAUUGGCAGUCGAACUAAGUUAUUCAUUAAUCUUAGAUACUAACUGGGGAGUGGUUCUGAGACAAGGAACUAAAAGUGUUCAGUCAUCUCCCAGUUCUGUGCGGAAAAGCAAAACUCAACACAAACGUCUAAAAUGAGCCCCCGAACUUUUGAAGAGCAAACAGAAUGCAUCGUGGAGUUUCUACUCGCCGACUUCUUAGGUACUGGCUCGCAGGUUGCUGGGCGGAGCCUACACUGUUGCGAUGAAACAGACUCAGAAGAGGAUUGCUCUUUUGACGUGGCCAUCAUUGCUGGUCGCCUUCGGAUGUUAGGGGACGAGUUCAACGGAGAACUGGAAGCUUCAGCCCAAAGCAUCAUCGCGGACAUCAGUCAGGGGCAGGUCAAGUCAGGGGCUGUACUUCAGGAAGCAGUAAAAUCUCUCAGCAGUACCUGGUGUGCUCAGGAUUCCAGCCUUGCUUUUGAGAGAGCCUUCUUGGCCGUGUCGGUGAAACUGUUUGAACAUGUGAUCCGUAUGGCUCCCAAAAUGGCAAAGCAGGUGGCCAUCUCCGUGACAAAUAUGAUCAAUGGGAACAGUGCCAUCCGGGAGUUCGUCCAAUGCCAGGGCGGUUGGGAAAAUCUGGAGAGCUGAAGAAGACGUGGAGCCAUUUCCCAAUCUGAACCUCUCUUUCCUUUUGACUGAUCAGGUGAUUGAUUUCUGGUCAUUCAAACAGACAACCAAAUAAAAAGCCCUUUUCUUGUGGACAGAACUGAACUUAGCUGAACAAUUUAUUUUCUACCGAGUGUUCAAGUUGGGAGCAGCUCCCAGAGGUCUGCAGAGAUUUUUAUACUUUCUGUUUGUAUGUGAGUUUUAAUGAGAUUCUGUUGAAGCAAAGGCCUCCAGACAAAAAGCAAUGACUUGUUAGUAGUGGAAUUCCAGGCACCAGGACAGGCGUUUGCUGGAGAUUUGGGGGGCAAGGGCAUAUCCAGUAAGCUAGUCUUUCAGAGUUACCCUGUGGUUGGUGCAAAUCUUGUCUACUAAUUUUUCAGUCUAAAGGAUUUCAGGAAGAUUUUUGGUUGGGAAAUCUUGUUAUUUUAAGUUGAGGAUUUUUAAAAAAAAUUCAUAACCUAAAUUUCAUGUUAAUUUCACCUGAUCAGAAUUAUUUUAUGCAUUUUCAGGGUUGGAAGUGAAAAAUAGCAGUUUGUUCAUCUGCUCUGCUACUAGAAAGGCCAAAGAAAGAGAAAACAGUCACUGCAUUUUUAUUGCCACCGGAAGCAGGAAGUGCAGACCCACCUCUAGGACAGGAGGGCCAGCUCAGCUUAGGUGAAGCUAGCUGCAUACCACAGUGUUUUUCAAAGUGUGAUGCACGUGUCACCUGUGGGCUUAUAAAUGGCUGAUUUCCAGGCCCUGUACCUAGAGAUUCUGAUUCUGUAGGGGUGGGCUGGGUCCUAGGACCCCAGCUUUUUAACCAGUUCCACACAUGAUUCUAAUGUACAUCUAGAGUUUGGGAACCAUCACUUUAGAAUACAGGUUGCAGCCCACAGGCCACGUCUGGCCUGCUGCCUUUUUUGUAAAUAGUUUUAUUGGAAUGUGGCUACACUGUCUUGUUUAUAUAUUAUCUAUGGCUGUUCUAGCACUGUAGCGGCAAAGUUGAGUAGUUAUGACAGAUGACAGACACCUUAUGGCCCCUGAAGCUUAAAAUAUUUACUACCUGGCCAUUUAAGUUUGCAGACAUUUCUCCUCAAAUAAUUUAAACUCUGUUGCAAUCCUGAUACUUCUUGUCAAACAUAGUUGUAGACAGAAUAACUGUUUUUUCAUAAUUUAUUCUGAGUGUUAGUUUUGCAUAGUCCACACUUUCUUUAGGACUUUGGCAAAUCAGAGCUCUGUGACUCCUGAGUCAUCCAGAUAGGGUAUCUGUUUCCCUGGCCCUACCACAAGAGCUUGGAGGUGAUUGGAAGCAAGGCAUAUGGCUUCUGUGCUCUGUGGAUCUCAUAAUAGUUCUUCACAAUCUCAGAUUAGUAGGUGGUGAUCCAUCCAGUAGAGACUCCUUCACCCAUAAGCCCUCAAAUCUGCUUGUCAGGAAGAAAAGCCUUGAAGAGUGGCGUGAAUGGCUUUGGCAGAAGUUUACAGAGCUAACCACAUCCCAUCCCUUCAACCAGCUGGCCAUCUGGCUCCCUUAAAUGCACAGAAAUAAAGAUGCAGCACUGUUAAUAAAUUUUUACUUUUUCAAGUUAGGCUAUUUCCUCUAUUCUUGGAUAAAUCACAAUAAGCUGAUAAUGCAGAAAUGAGAUUUCAUGUUUCUCUUUAGUAGAAAUUAGCUUUUUGCUACCAAUUUAAGAUGCUUGAUGUGUUCCUUUGUCCCUUCCAUUACUAUAAACUCAACAUGGUAGUUUUGUGGUAUUUGACCUCUUAGGCGAAGUCAGGUUUUACUUUGACUAAUGCUGUUCUGUUCAUGAAAUAAAAUUCUUCUGUCUACGCCUUUGAACUGAUUCUCAGUCUAAACUGAAUGAUACAGAAAUAGAGAACAGAUUGGUGCUUGCUGGGGCGUGGGGUAGAGACUGGAGGAAAUAGGGGGAAGUGGUUAAAUGGUACACACUGCCAGUUACCACAUUUCCCCGAAAAUAAGACGGGGUCUCAUAUUAAUUUUUGCUCCAAAAGACGCAUUAGGGUGCAUUUUCAGGGGAUGUCUUAUUUUUU